GUCGGAAGUGGACCACUUCAACCAAUUUUCUUUUCCUUUGGUUGUAUCAAAGUUUUACCAGGUCUAAUCCUUGAUGGGUUUGUCCCCUUUGGAUCUUUCCUUGAUUCAGGAAAAACAAUAGUUUGUGUUGAUCAGAUUCCCUUGAUCGGCUUCUUAUCCUCCAUCUCUCAAGUGUUGGCUAAAACAGUGGGUCCUCUUUUCCAGUCCAUGUGUUUAUGUGCAUGUAUGUAUCUGCAAGUAUAUCAUCAUAACAGAUUCAUGUCGGUUUAUAUUUUAUUAAACCUUCGAUGGAUGGGUGACUUUUGUAUCUGGAAUUUUUUGCAAUCAAUUAUGUAUAGAUUUAGGGAAUAUGUGUUUUUAUGAUUGAGGGAGGAUCUGUUCGUUUUGUGUCAUCACCAUCCAUUAGCUGAUUAUAUGGGUAGUUCUUUUGAGCCAUCAUCAUCAUCAUCCAUAAGCUUCACUUCAUCCCCCGAAACAUCAAAUGGAUCCACUGGCAGAUUGGGCCAAACUCCUGCAGAUAUGACCCAGGUUUUCGUCUAGAAAUGAUCAGUCUGAAUAAGCUCAGCAAUUGUUUGGAGAGCCUCUUGUCUGAUUCCAGUCUAGAUUACAGUGAUGCCGAUUUUGUUGUUGAGGGGAUUAGCAUAGGCGUCCACCGGUGUAUAUUAGCAGCUAGGAGUAGGUUUUUUCAUUUGCUUUUCAGUAAAGAAAACGAGAGUGGUGUUAGACCAAGAUAUCGUGUGGAGGAUUUGCUGCCUUAUGGUGAUGGUAAUACUAAGGUAGGGUAUGAGGCUUUUGCUGCUUUUCUCAGCUAUUUGUAUACAGGGAAACUAAAGCCUUCUCCGCCCGAGGCCUCUACUUGUGUUGAUUCUGUAUGUACACAUGAUUCCUGCAGACCCGCGAUCAACUUCACCGUGGAAAUGAUGUUUGCUUCUUCAGCAUUUCAGGUGCCCGAGCUUGUUUCUGUUUUUCAGAUGCGGCUUCUGAAUUUUGUUGGAAGAGCUUUGGUGGAUGAUGUCAUCCCUAUACUUGGUGUUGCUUUCUGUUGCAAAUCAACUGAGCUUCUCAAUGAAUGCAUCAAUAGAGUGGCACAAUCAGAUCUCGAUAGCAUAUCUAUCGAGAGGGAGGUGCCCCAUGAGGUCGCAGAGCGCAUCAAAUUGUAUAGAACCAAGCCUCAGCCUGAUGAGAAUAAAUCCAUGCAGCCAGACCCGCUGCGUGAGAAAAGAAUAAAGAGAAUACACAAGGCUUUGGAUUCCGACGACGUUGAACUGGUAAAACUUCUCCUGACCGAGUCCUCAGAUGUGACUCUAAACGAAGCAUAUGCUCUUCACUAUGCUGCAUCAUAUUGUGAUCCUAAAGUUGUCUCUGAGGUUCUCGGCCUAGGUUUGGCCGAUGUCAACCUUCGCAAUUCCAGGGGGUACACCGCACUGCAUGUUGCUGCGAAGCGUAAAGAUCCAUCAAUCAUAGUAUCCCUCUUGACCAAGGGGGCUUGCGUGUUGGAGACAACAUGGGAUGGUCAAAGUGCGGUUAGCAUAUGUAGGAGGUUAACUAGGCCGAAAGACUAUCAUGCAAAGACAGAGCAAGGGCAGGAAGCAAAUAAAGACAGGAUAUGCAUUGAUGUAUUGGAGAGGGGGAUUCUCAGGAACCAUCCAAUGGCUGGAGAUGGGCUGCCCUCUUCACCAAUCAUGGCUUCUGAUGAUCUUCACAUCAAACUCCUUCACCUGGAAAACAGAGUGGCAUUUGCUCGACUACUAUUCCCCCUUGAAGCUAAACUAGCCAUGGAAAUCGCAAAUGCAGAGGCAAAAGCUGAGUUUGGAAGCUUUAGGGAGGUUGAUUUGAAUGAGACACCAAUAAUGCAAAAGAAAAGACUCUUUGCUAGAAUGGAAUCUCUCUCGAAAACAGUGGAGCUGGGACAACGCUACUUCCCCAAUUGCUCACAAGUUCUAGAUAAGCUCAUGGAGGAUGAUUUACCAGAUCUAUUCUAUCUCGAGAAAGGUACUUCCGAGGAGCAAAAACAUAAGAGGAAGCGAUUCAAGGAGCUCAAAGAUGAUGUCCAGAGGGCAUUCAACAAAGACAUGGCCGAAAGUCGAUGUUCUAUAUGAUCUCCCUCUUCAUCUUGCACUUCUUCCAAAGAUACCAUAGGUCAUAAGUUUAUGAAAAUCUGAAGUCCACGCUGAUGUCAAAUGGCAGAUCUAAAAGCUGAAAUUCAAGCAUCUCUUUUGAACAUCAAUCAAACAUUACAAAAAAAACACAUUAAAUGAAUGCUCAUCAGAGGUUUCUAGAGCAAUAAAUCCUCUGAGGAGGAGGGAUUUACGUUGAUGGUUUCUAAAAGAGUCAAGAAAAGAGUCAAGAAAUGUAACAACUUGAUUGUAAAGACGAAUUUUACUUAGCAGCUAGCUCGUUUGAAAAAUGCUCAGGCUGUUUAGUUCCGUGUACUCAGUUUUUGUUGCUGUUUUGUUCUUAACAUGAUCUUUGAAUCAAAUUUCUUUCUCUCAUUGGUGUGUGCAUGUGUAUGUAUGAUUCUGUACUUUUUUUGUAUAUAAAAGUUACUAGUAUUUAGAGGAGUACUACAACGCCGUUUUAAGGCAUAUCACAAUAAAUUAAGGCUUUGUAAGAACAAGAUAUUAUUUUGAUGAUUAUCCAUUUAUUUCUUUAAUUCGGCCAUAUAAUGCCAUUGUUCAAAA